GUGUGGGUCAUUUUGUAAUUUUCUUUUUGCUUAGUUCGUCGUGCGGCGGGAGAGAAACACUGGGAAAAAUAAAAAGGAAAACCUGCAAAUCGGAUUUCGAAACCCUAAAAAAUCGGCGAAAAGAGAGAAGCUUUGUGUUGAUCUACUCGAGACGAUGAAGAAUAACUGGUCUAUUUUACAUCAGAUUGCGAGAAACUCCUUCAUAGCUACAUCCACAGUUUACGCUUCCACUGAAUUCAACUUCUCAAACACUUCUCUUCCCGAUCGAAGAAGCUUCUGUUUUGUAGCAGGAGAUAGAUCCGGGCUUGUAGUGUUGAAAUCGGAGAAGGACUUCAACAAUGCACUGAGCAAAGCUCAAGAUGGAUCUUUGCCUUCAGUUUUCUAUUUCACUGCCGCCUGGUGUGGACCUUGCAGGCUUAUCGCUCCUGUAAUAUUGGAGCUCAGUAAGAAAUAUCCUGAUGUAACAACAUAUAAGGUCGACAUUGACGAGGGCGGUCUAUCAAAUGCUCUUGGGAAGUUGAAUGUCUCUGCUGUGCCAACACUGCAAUUCUUCAAAGGUGGCGUGAAGAAAGCAGAGAUUGUAGGCGUAGAUGUGGUGAAGCUGAGGAGUAUCAUGGAUCAUCUCUACAAGUGAGAGAGGCUCUGUGAUUUCUUUUACCUUUUUUUUUGUUUAUUUGUUGGUAACAUCCUUUCUACUCUACUCUGCGCUAGAGAAUUCACGAGAAAUGAUUACGAUUACUAAAAGGAAACAAAAACUUGAGACUCACCAGCAUUUAUUUAUCGAUGUACAUAAUUUAUGUGGUUUGAUCAAAGAAGUUUUCAUUGC